AAUGUUCAUAAAAUUCGAGAGACAUUCAGAUCGUGUCAAGAGUGUUUCUUUUCAUCCUCAUCGUCCUUGGGUAUUAAGUGCACUUCACUCCGGAAUCAUUGAAAUGAUAGAUUAUAGAAUAAAGAAAAGAAUUGCAAUAUAUGAUGAUCAUAAGGGUGCUGUUCGAUCAGUUUAGUUUCAUCCGCAACUUAAUUUAUUUUGUUCAGGAGGAGAUGAUUUUACAGUUAGAGUUUGGAAUUUUAAAUAAUGCUAAUUUAUAUUAAAAGGGCAUUUGGAUUAUGUUAGAUGUGUUACAUUUCAUCCAAUAAAUCCGUGGGUAUUGUCUGGUUCAGAUGAUCAAACUGCAAGAGUAUGGAAUUAUCAAAGUAGAUAAAUGAUAGCAAUUUUGACAGGACAUACACAUUACAUUAUGGCUUGUCAUUUUCAUCCUACUUAAGAUUUAAUUAUCACAUGUUCCUUAGAUUAAACUGCUAGAUUAUGGAAUUAUGGAGUACUCAAAUAAAGAUAUGCCUAAAAAAAGAAUUAAGAGUAUGUACUAUCAGGAGCAGAAGUACAAGUUAUUUCAAUUUUGGAUGCACAUAAAGAUCAAAUCAAUUGGUGUGCUUUUCACAAAACAGAGCCAUUCAUAAUUACUAGUGCUGAUGAUAAAACAAUAAAAUUAUGGAAGUAUAAUGAUAAUAAAGCUUGGGAAUUUGAUACUUUAUCAGGUCAUACAAAUAAUGUUUGUUGUUCAGAAUUUCAUUCAAAAGGAGAUGUGAUUAUUUCAGAUUCUGAAGAUCAUACUGUAAGAAUUUGGGAUUUUGCUACUCGUAAACAAAUUGGUAUUUAUGAAAACAAGCAUUUUGAUCGUUAUUGGAUAGUUACAUGUCAUUAAAAUAAUUACUACUUUGCAUGUGGUUCAGAUACUAUGUUAUAAGUGUUUACACUUCAUAAAGAUAGAGUGCCUCUUAUAUUAGUUAAUGACAGAUAUCUUUGUAUGGCUGAAUAAAAGACUCUCAAAGUUAUUGAAAUUAUUAGUGGUUAAUAACAAAUCAUAAGAGACAUAUCCACUGUCAUUACUCCUACACCUACUCUCUUAGAGGACAAUAUUGAAUUUAUUGAGUACAAUACAUAUGACACACAGAAAACAUAAUUGAUGAUAAGAUGUAUCAGAUCAUUCAAGGAACCAAUUAAACCUAAGAGACACUUAUUAUUGGUAUUUCAACCAUAAAAAGGAGAUUCUGGAGUAAAAUAAUUCUUUGCUUUUUGUGCAUGUUUUAUUGGUAAAAGCAAAAUUGCAAGAAUUAAUUAAGAUUAAUAAAUAGAAUUAUACAAUUAUGAAACAGAAGUUGUUCAAUUAAUUGAUGAAAAAUAAUCAUCUAAAAUAUUUCCUGCUCCUGGUGGUAAAAUAUUAAUUCAAAGAAUUGGAACAACACAAUUGGAAUUAUUUGAUCCUCUAACUAAAUCAAGUUUAUAUUCAGUUGAGUAUACUAAUGCCAAAUAUGUACAUUAUGCUGAAUCUUAUUUAAUUGUUUAAACUAAAUUGUCUCUAACAAUCUUUACUAAACAACUAUAGAAAUUAAUUGAAAUCUAAGAAUAAAUUAAUAUUAAAUCCUUCAUUUGGAUUAAUAAUUUUAUAAUAUAUACUACAAAGAGUCAAAUUAAAUAUUUAUUAUUAAAUGGAGACACAGGUGUAUUAAAAUCUACUGAAAAUAUUUUAUAUUUAGUUAAAGGUGAAGAAUAAUAAUAAAGUAAACUUAAAUUAAUAGCACUCGAUAACACAGCCAAAUAUUUAACAGAAUUCCUUGAUAUCUCAGAACCUUUAUUCAAGAUAGCCAUUAUGAACAAGGACUUAAAUUCUAUACAUAAAUUUGUUGAAAAUAAUCAAAAUGAAGCUAUUCUUUCUUAUUUAUAUUAAAAAAGACUUGCAUCUGUUGCAUUAAAAUUAGUUAAAGAUAAAUAAGGUAAUUGAUUUUUUUAUCAUUUUAGCUAAAUUUUCACUUUCUCUCGAUAGUGGUAAUUUGGAUUAUGCAUAUAAAGCUGCAAUAGAAAUCAAAGAACCAUAAUUAUUUGAAUAAUUAAGAACUGAAGCCUUAAGAUAGGGUAAUCAUUUAUUAGUGGAUAUUUGUGAUUAACAAUUAAGUUAAUUUGAUAGAUUGUCAUUUUUAUAUUUAUGCACUGGAAAUAUAGAAAAGCAAGAGAAAUUACAAAACAUAAAUCCUAAUUUUAUAUAUCUAUCAUAAAUUUAAAGGAAAAUCGCAAUUAAGAAUUCAAUACCCAAAUUAUAUUAAAUAAUAGAUUAUCUUAAUGGAACACCAUAAAAAUUAGAUGAAAAUUAAAAAGAAACAAUAGAAUGGAUCAAAUCAUUAGGGGGUAGUUAGGCUAUGAUUCCUCCAGUACCUAUAAUGAAAUAUAAAAGUGAUCCAUGGCCACUUUUAUAAAUGAAUGAAUAAGAUAUUAUCAAUCUUGAAGUAACAGAUGAAGCUGUUGUACCAUAAGACAUCUUUACAUUCUAAAAGUAAGUGAUACAAGAAUCAAAUGUUGAUGAGUAAGAUAAUGAUACACAAUGGCGUUUAGAUGAAGAAGAGCCAAUAGAAGAAUUUUAGGAAUAAAAAUUAAGAGAUCCUGUUAAUAAUAACAUUGAUGAAUAGGCAUUAAGAGGUAACUUCAUUUUUUAGAAUGGAGAAGUAGCAAUAAAAUAUUUUGCUGCUGGAGAUUAUGAAACUGGUAUAAAGUUACUUAAACAAUAAAUAAAUCUUAUUAAUUAUCAACCAUUAUUCAAAUUACUUGUUGAUUUACCUAAUUUUUAAAUGUUAACUUUUUCUCCAUAUCUUAGUAAUGCAACAUUGCCAGUAAAAAUCAAUAGAUUAAAUGAAGUCAAGAAUUUGAUUAAAUUAGGUAUCUUUAUUUUAUAAUUUUAGGUUAUAAGUAUACAACAGAUGCAAAAUUUAAUGAAGUUAGUAAUUGUUUUUAAUAAGUAUUAUAAAAAUUACUAGUGACAGAUUUCGAAGAGAAUUAAAUUGAUGAAAUAAAAAGAUAUAUUAAUAUAAGUAGAAAUUAUUUAAUUGCUAUGCGUUGUGAUUAACUUAAAAAAGAUGGUAAUGCCUUAGAAGUAACUUGCAAAAUGGCUACCAUAGAUUUAUAACCUGGACAUCGAAUAUUAACAUUGAGACAGGCACUUAGUAUUAGUUAUAAAUAGAAGAAUUUUAUCACUUGUUAAAUGAUAGCAAAAAAAUUAAUUGAAUUACUUAAAAAUGACAAUAAUCAAAAACCUGAAGUAUUAUAAAAUGCAUAGAAAGUAUAAUGAUAGAAAUAAAAUUUUUAGUAUGAAAAAGCUUCUCAAUAAUAGAAUACAAAUGCCAUUUAAAUAGAGUUCUAAGAAUAAUGGUUGAAUGAAUAACCAAUUUACUCAGCAAACACACUUAAAAAUAUUUCAAUUUUCAAAUCUUGUCCAUAUGAUGGUAGUGUUUAUGAAAUAGAUUACUAAUAAACUUGUUUGAUUUGUGGAUUAUGUUAAGUAGGUAAAGCAUCAGGACUUAAGUAUAAAUGAA